AUGAGCGAGCCAAUAGUAUUCAAGAGCAUUUCUAUUCUCACUAAUAAAAAAUUUAAAGAAGUCUCAAUUGAAGAGCCUAUUACAACACCCUUUGGAAGUAUUUUAAUGAUUAAUGAGAAAAAAGUAAUUGAAUUACCACGAACUAUUAUGACAUUUAAUAUAAAUAUGUCACUUAUUCCUAAAGAGAUGAACAUAAGUAAAGAACAACUUUCAUUGGCAUUUGAAAUUAUUUAUGAUAAAGAAUAUCUCUUUUUUUGUAAAACAAAAGAAGAAUUUAGACAUUGGGCUAAAAUUAUAGGACUUGGAUGUAAAACGUAUGGUGUUUUUUGUUUUCCUCUUGAAGCUGUUGUUAAAAAAUCACGAUGGAGAGUACCUAAUAUUAUUUAUCGAUGUAUUGAAUUUCUUAAAAAUCAUGAUGCUAUUAAUGUAGAAGGUAUUUUUCGAAUGAAUGGUCGUGUUGGUAGAAUAGAAGAAAUGAAAAAAAUGGCAGAUGAUGAUGAAGAUAUUCAUUUUGAUGAAAAGGAUACAUGUUAUCUUGCUACUUCAUUAUUAAAAGCAUAUUUAAGAAGUAUGGUUGAACCAUUAAUACCUUAUAAAUAUUUUGAAUAUUAUGCACAAUUACCUGAAGGAAAUGUUGACAGUAAAAAAUUUAUUAAUUCUUUGACUGAAUCACAUCAAGACACUUUAUGGUAUAUUGGAGAAUUUUUAAUGGAAGUUGUAAAGAACAAAGAAAUUAAUAAAAUGGAUGAAACAAAUCUUGCAACAUGUUUUGGUCUUGUAUUCUGUGAUAAUCCUCCAUCAUUAGGUUUAACUGAACUUGAAUUUACCAAGAAAGCAAUUCAAUCUUUUGAAUAUUUAUUACGUAAUUUCAAAUAUGCAUUUAGUGAUGUUAAAAAAAGGAAUGUAGCACAAGGAAUUGAACCACCUCAAUAUCCUGCUUUUCAGCCAUUAGUUCAUCUUCCUUUUGAUAUUUUAAUUGAACAAAUCAAAAUGGAACUUAGAGACAUUAAAAAAUCUCGAAGAAUGUCAGCUACUUAUUUAACUGAUAAAAGUACUAGAAGAAAGAAAUUUGGUGGUUCACUAUCUAUCGCUUCAACUACCUCUGCUGUUAGAAAAGAAUAUUUAAAGACAAAAUAUAAAAAAAAUAACGGCUCUUUUGCUGAUUUAAGUCUUUCACCAAGUUUAGAAACAACAGACCAUCCUAGGUCUUCCCGGUUUAGUAUUUCUGGUUCUUCUUCAAGGUCUAAAACAAUUCAAGUUUCUUCUCUUUCAAAACAAACUCCUUCUAAUAUAAAUCAACCUAAAUUCUCAUCUGUUGAACAUUCUUCCUUUAUAUCUUCUCAUUAUUUACCAAAACCACCACCCAAAGACAGUGUGACUCCAGAACCACCUCUACUUCAUAACUCUCUUAAAAAUACUGAAUUGCCACAUUAA